AUGUCCAUGGAAGAUUAUGACGAGUUCGGCAACUACAUCGGCGCCGACCUCGAGUCGGACGAAGACGAUAUCGACAUUGGCGACUCGUCUGCCGCUGGACCAUCCACCAUCCCCUCUGCCCCCGCUGCACAGGCGAAUGCAGGCGGAUAUGCCCCGCUCGAAGGGCUAGAGGAGGAUGAGGAUGACGACAUGGACGGGGAUGAUGGGAUGCAAAUGACGCUGCAUGGGGUAGAUGGGACGGCAGGGAACCAGGUGGUGUUGCACGAGGAUAAGCGGUACUACGCCACAGCGGAGGAGGUGUAUGGGGCAGACGUGGAGGCGAUGGUGCAAGAAGAGGACGCGCAGAUGUUGACGGAGCCGAUCGUGGCUCCGAUCAAGGUUAGGGCGUUUACUGUGCAGGAGAAGGAUCUUCCCGUUACCCGGUUUGAUCGGAAUUUCAUGAUUGACCUGAUGAACUACCCAUCUAUGAUCAGGAACGUCAUGUUCGGCGGUCACAUACACCACGGCAAGACGUCACUCGUCGACAUGCUCGUCUUCGAAACACAUCAAAUUACCUUUGACGCCGACGCCCCCGUACGGUAUACCGACACCCACGUUCUCUCGCGCUCCCGCGGCGUCUCCAUCAAAGCCGGCGCCAUGUCCCUCGUGCUCCAGUCCUCCAAGGGCAAGUCCUCACUCGUCAAUAUCGUCGACACCCCCGGCCACGUCAACUUUGCGGACGAGGUCGGCUCGGUCGCCCGGCUCGUGGACGGGGUGAUCAUCGUCGUGGACGUCGUCGAGGGGGUGAUGUGCGGUACAGAGCAGCUCAUCAAGCACUGUAUGCGUGAAAAGUUGAAGAUGGUCUUGGUGGUCAAUAAGGUGGAUAGGUUGAUUUUGGAAUUGAGAUUACCGCCGAGCGAGGCGUUCUUCAAGAUUAAACAUACCAUUGAAGAGGUCAACAGUGUUAUCGCCUCGGUCGACGCGGACGACUCUUACCGCCUCUCGCCCGAACGCGGUAACGUCGCAUUUGCGUCGGCGCAGAUGGGAUGGUGCUUCACCCUUCGGACAUUCGCGACCAUGUAUGCCGAUACGUUUGGCUCGUUUGAUGUCGACGAAUUUGCGGCGCGAUUGUGGGGGAAUAUCUACUUUGAUGAGUCGCGGAGAAAGUUUACGAGGAAGGCGGCGGAUGCGGAGGGGAAGAGGAGCUUUGUGCACUUUGUGCUGGAGCCGCUGUACAAGCUUUACACGCAGGUCAUGUCCGAAGACUCUGAAAAGCUUCGCGAAACCCUCGCCGAACUGCGCAUCACCCUCCGUGCCUCCGCGUACAAGAUGGACACCCGCCCACUCCUCAAGGUGGUCCUCGAGGCCUUCUUUGGUCCGUCCACCGGCCUCGUGGAUAUGAUCACCGAAUUCAUCCCCUCUCCCGUCGAUGCCGCGCAGACCAAGAUCGCCGGAACGUACACUGGGCCCCUCCAGGGUAGCGUGGUCGACAGCAUGCUCAAGUGCUCGGCGGACGGACCGACCGUUGUGCACGUCACCAAGCUGUUCCAUACGUCGGACGCGCAGAGCUUCAGGGCGUUCGGGCGGGUUAUGAGCGGGACGGUGGAGGUUGGACAGCGGGUCAAGGUGUUGGGUGAGGGAUAUAGUCUGGAAGAUGAGGAAGAUAUGAUUUUGGCUACGGUGGAGGCUUUGAUGAUUGACGAGUCGAGGUACACUGUGGACAUUCAAAAAGCCGGUGCUGGAAACCUUAUCCUCCUUUCUGGCGUCGACGCCUCCAUCUCCAAAACAGCCACAAUCGUCGACUCUACGCUCGAAGACGACCUCUACAUCUUUGCGCCUAUCCGCCACAUCACCCAAUCCGUCCUCAAAGUCGCCGUGGAGCCUAUCGCGCCCUCCGAGCUCCCCAAGAUGCUCGACGGUCUGCGAAAAGUCAACAAGUCGUAUCCCCUCCUCACGACCAAGGUUGAAGAGUCGGGCGAGCACAUUAUCCUGGGCACGGGCGAGCUGUACAUGGACUGUGUACUACACGAUCUCCGGAAACUGUUUAGCGAGAUUGAAAUCAAGGUGUCGGAUCCGGUCACCAAGUUUUGCGAGACGGUGGUCGAGACGUCGGCGUUGAAGUGUUAUGCCGAGACGCCGAAUAAAAAAAACAAAAUCACCAUGAUUUCAGAACCGCUCGAAACGGGGUUGGCGCAGGAGAUUGAGAAGGGCAAAGUGACGAUGCGGAUGAGUAACAAGGAGAGGGGCAAGUGGUUUGAGGAAAAGUAUGGGUGGGAUCUGCUCGCGAGUCGGAAUGUGUGGGCGUUUGGGCCAGAGGAGAAUGGUGCGAAUGUGCUGUUGAAUGACACGUUGCCAUCUGAGACGGAUACGAAAUUGCUUGGUAGUGCGAGGGAGAGUAUCAAGCAGGGAUUCCAGUGGGGUACGAGGGAAGGACCGCUUUGCGAUGAGCCUAUAAGAGGCGUCAAGUUCCGGAUUCUCGACGCCAGCCUAGCGCAAGAACCAAUAUACCGCGGUGGUGGCCAGAUCAUCCCUACUGCUCGCCGUGUCUGCUACUCUUCCUUCCUCCUCGCCACACCCCGUCUCCUCGAGCCCGUCUUCUUUGUCGAAGUCCAAGCCCCCGCCGACUGCGUCGCCGCCAUCUACACCGUCCUCGCCCGGCGCCGCGGACACGUCACGCGCGACACCCCCAAGCCCGGCUCGCCCCUCUACACCGUCAAGGCCUUUAUUCCCGUCCUCGACGCGAACGGGUUCGAGACGGAUCUCCGGACCGCGACGAUGGGCCAAGCAUUCUGUCAAAUGAGCUUUGAUCACUGGGCGGUCGUACCUGGAGACCCGACCGAUACGUCUAUCCAGCUCCGCCCGCUCGAGCCUGCACAGGGACAGAGUCUGGCACGGGAUUUGGUGCUCAAGACGAGGAGGAGGAAGGGGUUGAGUGAUAGUAUUGCCGUCAGCAAGUAUUUGGAGGAUGAGACUAUCAUUGCGAUCAGUGCGAGUGGAAAUGCGGACCUUUUGGGUUAA